GUGUCAACAUGGCGGCUUCCAUGGCAUCCCAGGCUGCAGCAAGAGGACUGAGAACAGCAACCUCAAAGCACUUACUCCUGGACAAACUCAAGUGCACCUGGCAGAGUCCCAGGAGAUGGCUCAAUCUGCAAGAGUACCAGAGCAAGAAGCUGAUGCAAGAGAGUGGCGUGGCGGUCCAACGUUUCUAUGUGGCCGACACAGCUUCUGAGGCUCUGGAAGCUGCAAAGAGACUCGAUGCCAAGGAGAUUGUGUUGAAAGCUCAGAUCCUGGCCGGGGGCAGAGGCAAAGGUGUGUUUGACAGUGGCCUUAAAGGUGGAGUGCACUUAACCAAGGACCCUGCUGUGGUUGGUGAACUGGCCAAUAAGAUGCUGGGUUUCAACCUGACCACCAAGCAGACACCGAAAGAUGGAGUGAAAGUGAAAAUGGUGAUGGUUGCUGAGGCCCUGGACAUCAGCAGGGAGACCUACUUUGCCAUCCUGAUGGACCGCGCCUGUAAUGGUCCUGUCAUGGUCGGCAGCCCUCAGGGAGGUAUGGAUAUCGAGGAGGUGGCCGCCAGCACCCCAGAACUCAUCUUCAAGGAAGUCAUAGAUAUAUUUGAAGGGGUGCGAGACGACCAGGCACUUCGCAUGGCAGCUAAUUUGGGUUUCAAAGGACCUCUGCAGAGACAGGCUGCAGAUCAGAUAAAGAGGCUCUAUGAUCUGUUCCUGAAAGUCGACGCCACUCAAGUCGAAGUCAAUCCUCUCGGAGAGACGCCCGAAGGACAAGUGGUUUGCUUUGACGCUAAGAUCAGCUUUGACGACAAUGCUGAGUUUCGUCAGAAAGCAGUCUUUGCCAUGGACGACAUGACUGAAAGCGACCCCACAGAGACGGAAGCAGCCAAGUGGGACCUCAAAUAUAUCGGACUGGAUGGAAACAUUGCCUGCUUUGUGAAUGGAGCCGGUCUGGCCAUGGCCACAUGUGACAUCAUUGACCUGCAUGGAGGAAAGCCAGCCAACUUCCUGGACCUGGGGGGAGGAGUCAAAGAGAGGCAGGUGUACGAGGCGUUCAAGCUGCUGACUGCCGACCCUAAGGUUGAGGCCAUUCUAGUCAACAUCUUUGGUGGAAUCGUCAACUGUGCCAUCAUCGCCAACGGUAUCACGAAGGCUUGUCGAGAGCUGGAGCUCAAGGUGCCGCUGGUGGUCCGCCUUGAAGGGACCAACGUCAAUGAGGCCAAGAGGAUUCUGUCCGACAGCGGCCUGCCCAUCACAGCAGCAGAGAACCUGGAUGACGCUGCCAGGAAAGCAGUGGCCGCCAUCAAGAAAUAGAAAACUUCUCAGUGUAACUUCUCCACUCUCGGUCGCCAACAUACAUCACCGUCAGCCUUUUUCUUACACAUGCAGACCUCCAGGACCUCAAGCCUUUGUUCUCAUCUUCCUUUACUGGUUUUUAGUUUUAACACCAGCUUCAUAAUAAUACUGUGACUGCCAACUCUGUCUUUAUCGCAGGUUUACAGAUUUAGCAGAUUUUACUCUUUUUUUUUUUUUUUUUUUAAAUCUUUAAAUAACUCAGGCUUGCCGACAUAAUCUUGUUCUGGAAUAUCAUAAAGCUUUAUUGAAAGAGAUCUAACACUUUGUGCAUUCCAUAGACGCCGCGCGCUCUCUCCACAUUGUGUGGCAUUUGUGUGGAACAAUAGUUCAGAGGGAUUUUCAGCGCCAUCGUUUUUUAAAGGUACAGUACAACUGAAUACCGCCUGUUCUUGUGAAAUCUCUAAAACAGCUGUAAAGAAAAGGCAGCAUCACAGCGAGCACAUCUCGACUUUGGAUCAGUCGAUCUGUUUUCUUAGUGACAAACAAAUCCAUGAAUCCAUCCAACGCCUUAUCUGUGUGGAUCACAUGAGGUGGAGGAAGUACCCACGCUGUGAAUGUUAUACAGCAUGUCUUCAAUGUGAAGUGCUCUCGGGCCAACAGUGUGUUAACUGCUUAAAUCUGUGCCUCUUUCAUGAAGGCUAAAGGGUUUUGUAAACUGUCCCGCCAACUCUUUCGGUACGAGCAGUACAUUCACACAGAGGUGUUGAGAAAACUAAAGAAUAGAACUGUGCUUUUUUGUAUAAUCAUAAAUGUAUAUUGACAGGAUACCUUGAAGACAGUGGCAAAACUGUGUACAUCAUUUGAGAGAUUAAAAGAAAUAUUUCGAAA